AUGGAAUCUAGGUCAAUAAGAUCGAUAACUUCACUGAAGAGCUAUGAAAUUCUGAAUGUUAAUCCACAAUCACAGAUCAAUGAAGUUCCAAACCCCAAAUUUAACAGAGCUGUGGAAAUUUGUAAGCCUUUUUGGCCAACCACCGAACAAUGCGAAGCAAUAAUGCAUAAGAUGAAUAUUGAAAUGACAAAAGGUCUCAAUACACCUGAGGACCCGACGAACGAUCUAAAAAUGCUUAACACAUAUGUUACCAACUUACCCAUGGGAAAUGAAACGGGAAGAUAUUUGGCCCUUGACCUUGGUGGAACGAAUUACCGAUUGCUUUUAGUCACUUUUCAUGCACCUAAGACACCUCCAUUAAUCGAAGCUGAUGUAUAUACCAUCUCAAACGAGUUACAAACAGGCAAAGGAGAUGAGUUAUUCAAAUUUAUUGCUGGGACAGUGAAAACAUUUUUACAAACGCGCAAUCUUCUGGACGUUCCUCUUGAUUUAGGAUUUACCUUUUCCUUUCCCGUCAAUCAGGAAGCACUAAAUAAAGGGACGCUUAUUCGCUGGACAAAGGGUUUUGAUGUACCUGACGUAGUUGGGAAAGAUAUAGUUGAAAUCCUUAACGAAGCGAUGACAUCUUUGGGAUUAAAAGUAACAUGUCGGGCCCUUGUCAAUGAUACUGUUGGAGCGCUAGCUUCCUGUGCUUUUCUGGAUCCGGAAACUGCGAUCGGUUUAAUCGUUGGUACUGGUACUAAUGCGGCAUAUGUGGAGCAACUCUCUGCCGCCAAGAAAAUAACUGACUUACCGAAGAACACACAAUCGGUAGUCAUCAAUAUAGAGUGGGGUGCGUUUGGAGAGCAUGGAUGUCUUGAUGAAUUUACCACAGAAUUCGAUAGUUUAGUUGACAUCGAAUCACUAAACCCUGGCAAACAAACAUUUGAAAAGAUGAUUAGUGGCAUGUACCUUGGAGAGAUAGUGAGAUACAUAUUAAAGAAGCUGGCAUCAGAACACGUCAUCUUUGAGGGUGUGAUUCCCGAACGUUUGGACGCUAAAGAUGGAUUUCCUGCCUACUUUCUCAGUGAAGUUGAUCGCGACCCAACACACCUCUUCUACAGCACCGAAUAUAUCCUUCGUGAGGCCUUUCGGAUGACAAAAUUCACUACCGAAGACCUAAAGAUAGUUCGCUAUGUUUGCAGUUCUGCAGCCAAUCGAGCCGCAAGCUUUGCUGCUUCAGGUUUGGCGUGUCUUCUUAAUCGGAUUGAUCGACCUCGUACAACAAUCGCGGUGGAUGGAUCAUUAUUCAAAUUCCAUCCAACUUUUGCCCGAACAAUGGUCGAAGUCAUCACCAAACUUAUACCACCACGUUGCACUUUUCGCCUGAAACUUUCGGAAGACGGUAGUGGCAAGGGUGCAGGUGCCUUAGUUGCAGCUGUCAAACGCGCAAUAGUGGAGGAAUAG